AUGAGGUUCCGCGCGGCAUUCCUGCUCUCCCUUCUGGGCUCGUCAUCUAUCUCCUACGCAGCGCCAACCCCGCAAGCGGAGGAGGAAGGAGACUCCACCGCUUUGGGCACCAGGAAGCUGGCAACCCUCGCCGAUGCCCUGUCCCGGAACUUCAGCGUCUCCCGAACCACCCCGCAAUGGAUUUCUGCCGGAGAUUUCUCGGACGGAACAUACGUGGCGCAGGACCCCUCAACAACGAGCCUGACACUCCAGAACAUCGUCGGGAACGCCAGUAGUGUGUUUGUCGACGCCGCCGAGUUGAAGCUAGACUACCGCGACUACACUAUCCAGCCGUCGGCGAAGCACGUCCUGUUUAGCGCCAACUCCACGAAGCAGUACCGUCACUCGUAUUUCGCCGAUUACUAUGUUUGGAAUGUGGAGCGGAAGACCUUGGUUCCCCUUGUUGAGGGACAGAGUGGAGAUGUGCAGUAUGCGGCGUGGAGUCCGCAGGGUGACGUAAUUGCCUAUGUCCGGGGGAAUGAUUUGUUUAUUUGGAAGGACGGGGUGAGUGCUAGGGUUACCACUGAUGGAGCGGAGAAUGUUCUCAACGGGGUGCCGGAUUGGGUCUAUGAAGAAGGUUUGUAACUGAUCCUCCUUAAUUUUUCUUGUGAGGAGGUGGGAUUGACGGUUACCCCCCCUUUUUUGGCGGGGAAUAAGAAAUCGUCGGGGAUAGGUAUACAUUGUGGUUCUCACCGGAUGGCGAGUAUCUUGCGUUCUUGAGGUUUGAUGAGACGGGAGUAUGACUUCCACUCAUAUUUUCUACUAAAGCGGUGCGCAUCAAUUGUGCUUAAUUGGGGGAACGCAGGUACCAACAUAUACCGUCCCGUACCACAUGGCCGGGCAAAGGGUUGCCCCACCUUACCCCAAAGAGCUCCAUAUCAGGUAUCCUAAAGUGGGAGAGAGAAACCCCACUGUUACCUUCCAUCUACUCGAGGUCAACAACCCGUCUGCCCCGAGGAAGAUUGACUUUCAGGCUUACACUCCGGAUAACUUGAUUCUUUCCGAGGUUGUCUGGGUCGCGGAGAAGCACGAGCAUGUGAUCUUCCGGACACGGAACAGGGUACAGGAUACGGAAAAGUUGAUUUUGGUUGAUGUUGAGAGCGGGAACGCGCGGGUUGUGAGGGAGAGGGAAGGUACGGAUGGGUGGUUGGAGAACCACCUUGCUAUCGCUUGUGAGUCUUCCUUCCGGGGGGCUCCAGUGUCGGCCGAGGGGCUACUUAUUCUAUUGGUUAGAUGUCCCGGGGCUUUCUACUCCUUCCUAUGUGGAUAUCUCGGAUCAUUCUGGCUGGCGGCAUAUUUACCUUUACCCAGUGUCCGGUGGUGAACCGAUUGCGUUGACGUCUGGAAGCUGGGAAGUCACUGCGAUUUACUCAGUCGAUGCUAAGCGCGGUCUAGUCCAUUACCAAUCCACCGAGCGUGAUUCUACAGAACGCCACAUCUUUACUGUGAGUCUCGAUGGAAAGACUAAAAAGCCUCUCGUAGAUAUCAGCAAGGAAGGAUCUUACAGCGCCAACUUCUCCCCCAGAGGGGAGUACUACCUCCUGAGCUAUAAUGGGCCAGAUCUGCCAUGGCAAGAAUUUCGCGGGGUAGGCUCCGGUACUCCUAUUCGAGUGGUCAACGACAAUGCCUCCCUCAAGGACAAACUUUCCGCAUAUUCUCUCUCCAAAAUAUCCUGGUCGACGCUCAAGCACCCAGAUGGAUAUGAGCUCAACUUUUUGGAGCGACUACCGCCGGGUUUUCGUAAGGGGAAGAAGUACCCAGUGCUGUUUGAUAUAUAUGGUGGUCCAGGCUCGCAAUACACGGCGAAGACCUUCCGCCGAACCAUUGACUUUCGCGCCUACUUGGGUUCGGAUCCUGAGUUGGAGUACAUUGUUGUCAGCGUAGACAACCGUGGAACGGGGUAUAAGGGGCGGGAGUUCAGUACCAUGGUCGUUGGUCAGCUGGGAAAGUUGGAGGCUGAAGACCAAGUCUGGGCCGCUAAGGAGUACGCAAAGCGAGAUUAUGUCGACGCGGAGAAGAUUGCUAUUUGGGGGUGGAGUUACGGCGCAUACCUCACCGGCAAAGUUCUCGAAUUGGAUUCUGGCGCGUUCUCUUUAGGCCUUGUAUGCCUCUCCCCCACUUCCCCUCCUACCCUCACUCCCGAACUGGGCGCUAAAGCAGAAUAGAUGACCGCCCCAUUAACCGACUGGCGCUUCUACGAUAGCAUGUACACUGAGCGUUUCAUGAAACUCUUGACCACCAACCGCGCGGGGUACAAUGACUCUGCGAUAACCAAGGUGGCCGGAUUUAAGAACGUUGCCGGGGGCUUCCUCAUCCAGCACGGAACCGGCGACGACAAUGUGCAUUUCCAGAGCUCGGCUGCGCUUGUAGACGCCCUGGUAUACGAGGGCGUGAGUCCUGAGAAGAUGCACGUGCAGUGGUUCACCGACUCGGAUCAUAACAUUAAUUUUCAUCGGGCCACGAACUUUUUAUACAAGCAAUUGGCCAAAGCCUUGUACGAGGAAAAGAGGAGGAGGCCCGAGGGGAAUCAUCAGUGGAGUCGCAGGAGGGUUGAGGGGGGGUCAAUUUUAUAGAUUUUUGUUUGGAAAAACAGUCGAGGCCGGCGGGGGUUAGUAUAGUACCCCUUGUCUGGUAUUGUUGUGUAGCGCUUCUGGUGCUCGGCGGUGGAGACACGGUAUCGAUAUUGAUGUGAUCGCGGUAUGAUA